UCUCCGCCGAGGAGGUGUUGCUGGCGUCGUUGUCGUCCGCUUCGUUUCCGUGCGGUGAGCUGAGGCGAAAGGGGGAGGCUUUGACCGUUUUGCGCUUCCAAGAUGUCGACUAAGAAUUUCCGUGUCAGCGAUGGAGACUGGAUUUGCCCGGACAAAAAGUGUGGAAAUGUUAACUUUGCUAGAAGAACCAGUUGUAACAGAUGUGGCCGAGAAAAAACCACAGAGGCAAAGAUGAUGAAAGCUGGAGGGACUGAGAUAGGAAAGACCCUUGCUGAAAAGAGUCGUGGUCUCUUCAGUGCUAAUGAUUGGCAGUGUAAAACAUGUGGUAAUGUUAACUGGGCAAGAAGAUCAGAAUGCAAUAUGUGCAACACUCCAAAAUAUGCCAAGCUUGAGGAAAGGACAGGAUAUGGUGGGGGAUUCAAUGAAAGAGAGAAUGUUGAGUAUAUAGAACGUGAAGAAUCUGAUGGUGAAUAUGAUGAGUUUGGUCGCAAAAAGAAAAAAUAUAGAGGAAAGCCAGUUGGCCCUGCAUCUAUCCUAAAGGAAGUUGAAGAUAAGGAAUCAGAAGGGGAAGAAGAGGAGGAUGAGGAUGGAGAUCUGUCAAAAUAUAAAUUGGAUGAGGAUGAGGAUGAAGAUGAUGCUGAUCUCUCGAAAUAUAAUCUUGAUGCCAGUGAGGAGGAAGAUUCUGCUAAGAAAAAGAAACCCCAGACUAGACGCAGCCGUUCUAAAUCACAGUCUUCCCAUUCACAAUCUUCAUCUCACUCAUCCUCCCACUCAAGCUCAAGGUCCAGGUCCAGGUCAAGAAGCUCUUCCAGUUCAAGGUCAAGAUCUCAUUCUACUUCCAGAGAACGUUCUAGAUCUCGUGGGUCGAAAUCAAGAUCCAGCUCCAGGUCCAUCAGGGGUUCAUCAACCCCGAGGAAAAGAUCUUACUCAAGCUCUCAUUCGUCCUCUUCCCCUGAGAGAAGCCGAAAGAGAAGUCGAUCUAGAUCUUCAUCUGGUGAUCGCAAAAAAAGGCGAACGAGAUCACGGUCACCUGAAAGGAACCGCAGGUCUUCAUCUGGAUCUUCUCAUUCUGGAUCCCGUACAAGUUCUAAAAAGAAAUAAUCAAUUCAGAUUUAUACUCAUACACAAACCAUCUAGUCCAGUGCAUGAGACAUUUUUUUUAAGAAGUUGGUGUCUUACUUGGUCAGAAGUGCUAAAUCUGCUAGUAGAGGUGCAUGUUAAUGGAAACCUGCAGCUAUGAAACAAAAAUAAUGAAACAUUUUAAGCCAUAAAUUAACCCAAUAAAGGUGAGUAGUAUGGCUCUGCUUUUCUUUCAAAAAAUGUAUGCCUGCUCCAUUUUUAUUUGACUGGAUUUGAAAAUGUUAUAGUUCUGUUUUAUUAAUUUGUGGUCUCUUGAGAGCGUUGUAUGCUCCGUUCUGAUUUGCUGCUUAGCCUUAACAUUUGCUAGGUACAGAAAUGUCCAGAUCAAAAUGGAUGUGUACACACACCAAUUGUACCAAAGUUGGACUGAUUCUUUUUCCUUCAUCCUUCCAAGAAACACAUGGAACAGUAAGAAAAGAUUUCAUUCACAUCCUGAUAAACAAAAAAUACCUCUUCUCCUUAGGUAAGAUACCAGCAGUUAGAUAUGCUGCCUUAUACAGCUGUUUGCAAAUUUUGCAAACAAAAAAACCCUUAUGUACAGUUUUGAGCUGAAUAGUACAUCUGUGAGUAUUUCCUAAUGGCAUGGUUUCGAAGAAACUUGCAUGAUGCAUAAGCUUCAGCUCUGUGAAUUAGGUCUUGUCACAUUCUAAUUCAUAGUUUUAUAGUCUCUUUGGAACGUAAUUUCUGGGAUCCAAAGAAGUGCAUGUGGUAUUCUGUGCGCAUCAGUGCUGUUGAGAUGACCAUUUUCUAGUUCAGCCCUUGAGUCAUCACUCACAAAGAACAUUCUCAAGAAUUUGGUGUGAACAGCUGCAGUCAGAAUGGAAAUUGGUGUACUUUCUGUGUGCAGAAACUUCGGAUCCACCCAAAAUUGAAGAGCUAGAGCAUAGUUAUUAAAGUACAAGGAAGUCUUAAAAGUUGGAUCAAGAAUUGCUUUUAUUCAGAUCUUCUGGAGCCUUUUCGUAAAGGUAUUGGAAUGUAAUACUGAAAUCACUUUCUGUAUGUCAAUAAGAGAAAUUGAAUUCAGACUUGGCAGGAACUCUUUCAGGUUUGUAACUCUUAAAGGAAAUGAAUACUUCAGCAUAAUUGUAAUCACAGAUCACUGCAGGUAAUUUUAUUAUACUAAUGCAAAUUUGUGGCUUAAAAUGCUUCAUAGAAUUUGUUUUACUAGCAAUAUUUGUUAAAUACUGGCCAUUUUUAAGCUCCAUUUGCUUGGGAGAAAUGUAUCCUCUUCAGCGACAUCCCAAGGUAAGUAUGUGAAAGGAGAAUAGUGUUUCUAGAAAAGAAGCAAUAUGUCUUCAGUUUUCAUAUAGAACAUUGCUUUGUAAAGCAAGAUGUACAAAGACAAACGGAGCAUACUAGUCUUAUAUUUUCCUUCUCAGAACAUCCUACACUUCUUUCAGACUGAUCAAUGACAAAGCAAAAUGUUUCUUUUGCUGUAGAAGUGUUUUGGAUAAAUUUUGCAGAAAAAAGUGCCCUGCAAUUGCUUUAUUGCUUUAGCUAUCUCUUUAACUAUCUGGUUUUUUAAAUUGCUUAAUGUAGCAUAGAUUGCACAAGAACAGAUAGUCUCCUGUAACUGUGCCUCUGACUUCUUGAAAGUCUGUCUAUUAAAUUGUGAAAAUCUGACUUGCUAGAUGCUACAUGUUAAAAGUUAUUCUUGUGCUUUGUAUUCCUAAGUAUUGUAACAGAUGGUUUUUAACUUUGGCAAGUGGUAGCUUAUAGAGGUCUAAGGAAAAAAUUAUGGUUUCAUUUGGCUUGAAUUAAAAUGUACUGGUUUGUUCUAUGAAGAUACAGUUCUGUAGACAAAUGUAAAUAAAGCAUGUGAAUCAAAG